AUGACUGAAAAAGGUAAUGAUGACACAUUCGAUGAGUUUACUUAUAAAGAUGAAGAAUUAGAUAAGAUCGAUAGAUAUUAUAUCAUAAAAUCUUCUAACAAUAAAAUUGAUCUCCAUAAUAACCCAUGGAAGGACAAAGUUAGUCUGGCCAUAUAUUCAACCUUAGUUGAGAAGGUACCUACCCAAAAAGAAGAAGAGAAAACUGAGCCUACCAUGAUAAAACAGUUAAAAAAAUUUGUCCAAACUAAUACCUUGAAUAAAAAAGAGAAAGAAAAGGCCUGCAUCUUUAUUAAAGAAAAGAGCUAUUUGCUCACAAUAGGUCUUGAUAAAUUAGGAACAACUAGCCUCAUAACUCAUUAUAUAGAUACUGGUGAAGCUAGACCUAUUAAGCAGUAUUUUUAUAAGACAUUCUCUGAUAAGCAAAAAUUCUUGGAUAAUAAGUUAGAGUCAUUGGAAAGACAAGGGUUAAUUGAAAAAUCUAAAAAACAUUGGAUUAAUAAAAAGUAUAGUGAUGCAAAUGUGUUUUUGCAACAACAUGACUCUCCAGAAGUCAGUAGUAAUAGGAUAGAAGUAGAUAGUAUUGAAAAUGUAGAACUAAUUGCUUAUCAUUAUAAUGACAAAUUGAAUGAUAAGAAGGAUGGUAAGAACAAUAACAUAAAAUUGAAAGAAUACAUAGAGUUAAGAAAUGAUGCAACAGAAAGCAUAACUACCAUUGAGGGAAAUAUAUUAGGAAUCCAAGACGGUCUUAUGGUAAACUAUACUAUAUAUAUUUCAACUCAACUGAAUUCAACCAUUAUGCCCUAG